AAGAUAAAAAUGAUAGAGUUCAAGUAUUAGAAUAUCACCAAAAAUCUGCUAAUAAGAAAAAUAUUAGUAAUACCAAUAUUACUGAUAAGGAUAAAAAAGAAAUACUUGAGGAAGAUUCAGAAUGUGUUGAAUGUGAAGAAUCAGUUAGAGAACCUAAAUUGAAAGAUAAUUAUAGAUUA